UCGGAGUUAUACCAGAAGAGGUUUCUGGCGACCCAGCACGUGGCUUCUAAAAAUACGCCGCUAGCAAGUAUCCUUGUGGAGAAUAUGAAGGUGCAUCUAUUAUCGGACGGAAAUUUAGCCAAUGAGGAUGAGUUGGAGAACCAUUUACGCUUGAUCGACCCUGACAGCCCAUUGGAUUCGAGAGGCGGCUGGGAUACUCUUAUUGGCUUUAAGAUCUGUGCACUCGCUGAUUUGUUCGUCCUUCAAUUCUGCGAUUUUUUCAGGCCAUUUUUAAAAAUUCACGAGUUAAACCUCUAUGGCACUCUGAUUUUUGCUGAGCUGGAGCCGUACCCCAACGGAAUAACUAGACUCAGCGAGGACUUUGGCGAAGCUUUGGGGCUUCUGUCUAUCGAUAAGAAGCUUGGCUUCCUCAAAGUUUAUCCUGAACUUCGACUUCAGCUGGCUAAAUGCGAUCUUUCUCACGGCCCCGCCUUCGAGCCCACCUUGAAGCUGCUCUCUUUAUUUUUGGAUCAUAUGUUGCCUCCUCCGGAAAACUUUUCUCCACAACCUUUAGGUGUUUGGGAUAAAUUCAGGCUAUUUUUGCACGGCAGAGUUUGGUUCAAGGCUUCCCUUCUAAAAGUCUUUUUGCAAGGAUCCAGAAACCCACUAGUCUGUCCCGAAGGAGUUCUUUUGCAGGGGAAAACUAUUACGGGUUUCUUUGGAGAUAGUGAGCUUAAGUUUGACGGCGAUAUUUCAGUAAAGCUCAAUUCGCUUUCCCGUUAUGAUGACUGCCAUCUUGCCGACUUCAAAGCGGUCCGCUUGAGGUUGAGCCUCCAAUGGUUCUGCAUUGGCGAUCCUGCUGAUCACCAUGCCUGCCGCCCGGUGGCCCCCGAAUAUCAGAAGACAGCGCCUUUCGACACCUUCAAGUACUUUCGAGCCAACGGAAUCGGAAUAAAAAUAACUGUAGCUUCUCAUGAAAAUACUGAACUUCAGUUGUACUCUAAUCUUCGCUAG